AUGACUGACUUGGGCAUCAAAAUGGCAUUUCAGAAUGCAAGAGUCCUGCUCAUCCUCUGGCUCGUCUUCCUUUACAACGACAACUUUCCAGAUGAAGAAUCACACAAAAUCACCCGAGGACUACCCAGAGAAGAUAUUCCGAGACAACCGCAGAUUAAUGAACACUGGACAAACCAGCUAGACACCCAUCAACAAUCAGCCGGCGAUUCGGAGAUAUCCCCUAAAAUUACGAUGCCAAGCCCCGAGGCCCGAGUCACUCCAUCACCGCGAAUUCUCCAUGAAGUGGGUACCUCUAAUCCAUCCAGUAACCCUCACGUGUCCCCUCACGCCACGGGCGUUGCCAUGGCGCUACAUCCAAAGAAAUCUCCUAAGGAAAAACUAGUAAGGAAAAAUUAG